CCCACUCAUCUCUAUCACACUGUUCCGGCGCGUAGCCAACCGUAGCUGUUACUUUCCGACCACCCUCGAAGCUUCACGCCAGCUUCCGAGACGCGCAGAUCGGCGCGGCUGCAGACAUGUACAACUAUCAAGGCCACCCGGACAGUUUCAGCGACCACCAGGCUAUGGACCGCCACCGGGCAUGGCGCCUCCCCCGGGGAUGGGCGCACCACCAGGUAUGCCCGCACCAGGAACUGCCGCACCGCCCGGCAUGGCGCAAGCUCAGGGCUCACUUCCAGGCCGACCAGCUGGUCUCCCACUUAACUUUCAGCCUCCCGCGAACAUGCCCAACAUCAACUUCAAUGCGCCCGUCAUUCGCCUAGGAACCUCUGGACCAACCCGACAAGAUUCCUCCGGAGGGCGUAGGGAGAGCGCCGCGGACCCCGGAUCGGCUGGUGGUCGACGAGGUCUGGGUCACGAAUACAGAGGCGCUGAUCGGGGGUUCCAGAUGAGGGAGCCUGUUGCCAGUCUUAAUCCGCCGACGAGGGAAGAAAUCGCGCGCACCAUAUUCGUCAACAACAUCACGGAGGCACUCGGAAAUAAGUCAGGCGGAGGUGAUGACUUUGAUCAUGAUUUGCAGAGGAUACUACGCUGUGCUGGUGGUUUGCGGAGGUGGACGCGAGCUACGGACGCGAACGGCCAGCCUUGCAAGUUUGGAUUUGCCGAGUAUGAGGAUUCUCAGGGCCUGGCGACCGCUGCGAAAAUCUUUAAGGAUAUUCAGGUUCCAGUGAAGAAGCAAGAACCUAAGGCCAAGAAAGACGUCGAGAAGGAUGGCGUAGAUGGUGAGGACGAGAAGAAGACAGUCGAGAAGGCCACUCUUCAGAUCGUUGUGGACGAAGCCUCCGUCAAGUACGCUGACGAAUGGCAAGAACGCAAAAAGGAGAGCGAGGAGGAAGUAGAAUUUCGAACCGACACGGCCAAAAACAAUCUCGCAGACGUCCUCGCGAGCCUCUUCAAUCCUCCUCCCCCGAACAACAUCGAUGUCGACGUCGCUAUGUACGGAGAUAUAGUCAUGCAAGGCGGCGACGUGAAGCCUGAGGGAACAAAUGCGGAAGUUGUCACGAUCCCGCUGACUGUCGAGGACGAACUAUCAGAUAUUCCCGAAGACAUGCGCGAAACAGUCGCAGCAGAGAUUGCUGCAUUCAGAGACCGGAGUCACAGACGAGAUAUGGAGCGACUGCGGCAGGAAGAAGAACUGGAGGCGGCGCAAUGGGCCAGGAAUGUUGCUGGCUCAAGGGCGAACCGGUUAGGAUCUCCUCCCCGGACAGCUCCACUCGGCCCUGCAGGAGGCGCAAAUGGCAUACCAGUCGGCCCUAGGGAUCGUGGAGUUCAUGGUGCUCCCAGUGGACCAAAAGGUUUCGGUGCCCAGAUCCCCAAGGACUACCAAGGCGGAGUUUCGUUUGUCAAUGGUGCCAACGGAUCUGCAGGUUGGAUAAAACGCGACGAUGAGGACGACUCAGCAAGCGAUUCUGAGAUAGAGCGCCGACACAAAGCCAAGAAGGAGUCUGAUCUGGAAAAGCAGUAUCUCGACUACGAGCGACGCUGGAUCAAUCGGGAAAAGAGUCGUGGACUAGCUCUAGAACGUGAAAAGGCUCGUGACACUCAAGAAGAAGCCGACAAAGAGAAGGUGGCAGCUGAAAUGGCCAAGAAGCUGAAGGAUUGGAAUGAUGAGGUUGAAGCCACUACCAAAAAUCACGAAUACCAUAGAGAUCAUGCCGCCUGGGCCCGAAAGCGGGCGGACGUGCGUCUGAGAGAAUUCCAGGCCGACAAUAUGGACCGGGAGCAGGAGAAACGAGACAAUGCCCACAAGGACCGGCUACGCAAGAAGGAACGCGAUAUGGCUGAUAACUUCCUGGACCAGCUAUACCCCGACGUACCAGCUCAAGAACCGGCCGCGCCCUUCAAGCUGUCGCUUGGAGCUGCUGCACAGAAAGUCAAUGCUGCUGCUGCACCACGCAAGUCUGCUGCUGAAAUCGAAAGCUUGCUCGAAGACGAGGAGGAAGAGGAGGUCACGACUAGGCGCAUUCUCGUCCCUAUCCAAAUCGAUACUGCGGCAGAAGCUGCUAGCUUGACACCGGAGGAGCGUAAGGAGGCUACUCGCCAACUCGCUCUCUCCAUUCCCGUGGCCGACAAAGAAGCCCUCUUCAGUUGGGAAGUCAAGUGGGACUUCUUUGAUGACGCCGCGCUAGAGGGGACUAUCAUGCCAUUCGUUGAGAAGAAGAUUAUGGACUAUCUCGGCGUGCAGGAGCAGGAGAUGAUUGACUUUAUUGGCAAUCAUCUCAAGAACAGGGGAAAGCCUGAGGACCUGGUGUCCGAGUUCGAAGCGCUGCUUGAUGACGAUGCGGAGCAGUUCGUUAUGAAGCUCUGGCGUAUGCUGAUCUUCUGCUCAGAGAGCGCAGCAAAGGGUCUUUCCUAGUCUCUUAUCUGACUGACCUACGGAGCUUGUUCGCCCUCGACAUCCGUCAUACCUUUUUCUCCACGUUAAAAAACUUUCGGUUGCUGGCCACUUGGAUUCAAUGGUGUGAUAGGUGUUGGCAGCAGGU